AUGCCGCCGAAGGUAGACGUGAAAACUCUCGCGGGAAAACUGGACAAUGCCGUCAAACUCUUGUACGAAUUAAUGGAAGAAUUCGAAACAAUUUUCUCCGUAAAACCGGACCUAAAAACACUUGAAGCAGCAUUCAGUUUAGUAGAAACCAAGUACAGACUGGUCAAGAAACAGCAGGAAACAAUUCUGGAUAGACUGGUCGAUGAAGGCACUGGCCCAGAAGACGAACUUGUGUUAGCAACAAAAAAAACUGGAGACAAAACCAAAGCUGAUUUCCUUCAAAUCACUUUAAAGUUUGCUGCAUAUCAAAAGGAACAAAACUCCUCAGAAAAUUCUAACAAUGCGACAACUCUGGAAGCGCUAACAUUAUCAAUGUCGUCCAUGACGUCGGCGAUGCAGAAAAUGGCCGAUAACAUCGGAUCAAAACUGUCAAACUCAAGUUUACAACGAUUACCUGUACCAGUAUGGGACGGAACUUGCAGAACCUAUGCCACGUGGAAAAGGAGUUCAGCCAUUGGAUGA